AUGGAACAAUUUCAAAUCGUUCAAAUAACAAUAAAAAGCGAGGUAGCAAAGGGCGUGGUAAAAAUAACGGUAACAAAACUGAAAAACGAUCAACUGGAGCCCCAAAUAAUAACUAUUCCAACAGCACUUAACGCACGUGCUGUAGUAGGUUCUCUCGACGUUCACAAAUCUCUUGUAUCACAAGCCUAUUUAUUACUGGUAGUGUCGAUUGCCAAUCAAAUACAUGGACUCUUCGAUCCAGGAUCGUGCUGUACCUAUAUUGGAAAAAUUUCUCCUGUGCCAACUAAGCUUCCUGCUACACACAGGGUGAAACACCAUAUAGACAUUCAGGGAAGUUCUCCCAUCAGGCAAGCUUAUCGGCGGCUUUCUCCGAAGGUUGAAGAAUCAUUUAAUGAAUCCGCUCAAAAGCUUAAGGCUGAAGGAAUUAUAAGUCCCAGUAAAAGCGAAUGGUGUGACCCAGUAGUGAUGCUCAGAAAGCCUGACGGAGAUUAUAGGUUCUGUAUCGAUUUUAGGAAAUUAAGUGAAGUAGCCAAGGAAGACGCAUACCCAAUGAGAAAUAUUAACACCAUUUUAGACAAGCUCUCAUCUGCGCGAUUAUCUCUUAGAUUGACCUGA